AUGUAUAUCAAGCAGAUCAUCAUUCAAGGCUUCAAGAGCUACAAGGAUCAAACAGUGAUCGAGCCCUUCUCGCCCAAACUGAACGUGAUCGUUGGCCGCAAUGGCUCAGGUAAAAGCAACUUCUUCGCGGCCAUCCGCUUCGUCCUCAGCGAUGCAUAUACGCAGCUCGGUCGCGAAGAGCGACAAGCACUGCUUCACGAAGGCUCCGGGUCAGCGGUCAUGUCCGCAUACGUGGAGAUUAUCUUCGACAACAGCGACGAGCGAUUCCCUACCGGCAAGUCCGAGCUCGUCCUCCGACGAACCAUUGGCCUCAAGAAGGACGAGUACUCGCUAGACCGCAAGAACGCUACUAAAGCCGAUGUUAUGAAUCUCCUCGAAUCCGCCGGUUUCUCGCGCUCAAAUCCAUACUAUAUCGUUCCCCAGGGCCGUGUCACGGCAUUGACGAACAUGAAGGACCCUGAGCGGUUGAAUCUGCUGAAAGAAGUUGCGGGAACUCAAGUGUAUGAAUCGCGGAGGCAGGAUAGUCUCAAGAUCAUGAGCGAGACGGACAACAAGCGCGCUAAGAUUGACGAUCUGCUGACGUACAUCAGAGAGCGUCUUGAUGAACUUGAGGAAGAGAAGGAGGAGCUAAAGGCAUAUCAAGAGAAGGAUAGGGAAAGGCGAUGCCUAGAGUACACAAUAUACCACCGCGAGCAGAUCGAGAUCCAGCGGGCUCUUGAGAGCAUCGAUGAGCUGCGGCAGACCGGUGUAGACGAGACCGACGACAACCGUGAGCGCUACAGUGCGGGGGAGCAGGAGCUGGCUCAGAUUGACGCCGAGAUCAGCGAUGUCAAGCAACGGAUUGAAUUCUUGAGAGUCGACAAAGCCCAGCUGGAGGACGAGCGGCGUGAGGUAGCGCGAGACAAGGCGAAGAUCGAGCUCGAGGUUAACGGACUUACGGAAGGACAAUCUGCGGCGAGGCAAGCCAGGACGCAGCAUGAGGACGAUUUGCGAGAAGUUCAGGAGCAGAUCCGCCAGCGUGAGCAGGAACUGGCCCAAAUCAUGCCCGAGUACAACAACCGGAAAGAGCAGGAGGCUGCGAUCAAGGCCCAGCUGAUCGAAGCCGAAGGGACGCGGCAGCGCCUAUACGCCAAGCAAGGUCGAACUGCACAGUUCAGAAACAAGCGAGAUCGAGAUGCCUGGCUACAAGGGGAGAUCGAUGCAGUCAAUGUCGCACUGGCCACACGCAAAGCAGUUGCCAUGCAGACGACAGAAGAGAUCACGGAUCUUGAGACAGAGAUUGGGCGUCUCGAAGAGGAGAUCACUGGGCUUCGCGCGCGCAUAGAUAACAGAGGCGAUAAUAUGCAGACGAUCUCGGAGAAUAUCCAGAGGGCGAAAGAGGAGCGAGACAGGCUGAUGGAUCAACGGAAAGAACUGUGGCGUGAAGAAGCUAAACUUGACUCCGUAGUCAGCAACGCGCAACGCGAGCUUGAGAAGGCCGAGAAGUUUCUCUCUCAUAUGAUGGAUCAAAACACCAGCAGAGGCAUUGCUGCCGUCCGGCGCAUCAAACGGCAGCACAACCUUGAAGGCGUAUAUGGCACCCUGGCUGAGCUUUUUGAGGUCCCGGAUAGAUACAAGACGGCAGUCGAAGUCACCGCAGGAACAAGUCUUUUCCACUACGUGGUGGACAGCGAUGAGACAGCCACGAAAGUCCUCGAGAUCCUGCAACGCGAGAAAGCAGGUCGUGUGACAUUUAUGCCACUCAAUCGCCUACGGCCAAAGCCAGUCAACAUUCCGAAAGCCAGUGAUGCUCUGCACAUGAUUACAAAGCUGACCUACGAUCCAACAUAUGAGAAGGCCUACCAGCACGUUUUCGGCAAGACCAUCAUCUGUCCCAACCUCCAGGUUGCGGCUCAGUACGCGCGCAGCCACGCCGUCAGCGCCAUUACACCAGAGGGAGACCGCGCGGACAGGAAGGGUGCUCUCACUGGUGGUUUCCAUGACCCUCGUCAGUCCCGUAUUGACGCCAUCAAGAACGUGACAAAAUGGAGGACAGAGUAUGAGAACCAGAAGAACCGCGUCGAGGAGGUCCGACGUGCCCUCGAACAGAAAGACCAGGAAAUCACGCGUGCUGUUGGCGAGUUACAGAAGCUUGAGCAGCAGCGGCAGCAACUAGAGAACAGCUACGGUCCUUUGCGACAGGAGUUGCGAAGCAAGUCUGCCGAUCUACAGAACAAGCGGGACUCCCUUGAUGCCAAGCAUCGGACUAGAGAGAACAUCGAAGCUGCUGUUCGCGAACUGGGCGAACAGCAGAGCGCAUAUGAGGCAGAGAUGGCCGCGCCCUUUGCGAAGGCUCUGUCACGUGAUGAAGAGCAGCAGCUGGAGACGCUGAGUGCUGCGGUACAAGAUUUGAGAAGACAGUACUCAGAGUUACGCCCCGGUCUUUCUGAGCUUGAGUCUCGAAAGACUGUCAUCGAAGUCGAGCUUCGCGAGAACCUGCGGCCAAGACUCGAGCAGCUGCAGGCGCAGGAAGCAGACAACGGCGGAACUGGCGCCGGCGGCGAUGGGAAUGGAAGGCUAAAGGAGCGGCAGCGCGAACUGAAGCGCAUCAACAAGGCUUUCGAGGCUGUCGAAGGCAAGCUGCGAGAGGCUGAGGAGGCAAUUGAGCAAGCGAACAAUCAGCUCGCUGAGCUAGAAGGGAACAAAGCCGAGAAACAGAGGCAGCAGGAGGAGAUUGCGCAUGCCAUAUCGCGGCAUCAGAAGAGGAUGGAGAAGAGCAUGGCAAAAAAGGCACUGUUGACCGAAAAACUUGCUGAAUGUAGCCGCAACAUUAGGGAUCUAGGUGUAUUGCCAGAGGAGGCUUUCGAUAAGUAUCAGAGAAUGGAGUCGGACAAGGCCAUCAAGCGUCUUCACAAAGUCAACGAUGCCCUCAAGAAAUAUUCUCACGUCAACAAGAAGGCCUUCGAGCAAUACGCCAAAUUCCAGCAGCAGCGCGACACCCUCACUAAGCGGCGCUCUGAACUCGAUAGCUCGCAAAAGUCGAUCGAGGAGCUGAUCGAAGUGCUUGACCAGCGAAAAGACGAGGCUAUCGAGCGAACCUUCAAGCAAGUCUCACGCGAGUUCGCCAACGUCUUUGAGAAGCUGGUGCCAGCAGGCAAGGGGCGUCUCAUCAUCCAGCGCAAGUCAGACAGGCAAGCCCGACAGGAGCAGGAAGAGGAAAGCGGCCAGGAAGAGCGGGAGAGUGUGGAGAACUACACUGGUGUAGGCAUCAGUGUGAGCUUCAAUAGUAAGCAUGACGAGCAGCAGCGGAUCCAACAACUGAGCGGUGGGCAAAAGAGUCUCUGCGCCCUUGCCCUCGUCUUCGCCAUCCAGCAGUGCGAUCCCGCGCCAUUCUACCUUUUUGAUGAAAUCGAUGCCAACCUGGAUGCGCAGUACAGGACUGCAGUCGCCAGCAUGCUGCAAACGCUGUCUGAGACUACGGACGGCGGUGGGCAGUUUAUCUGCACGACGUUCAGGCCGGAGAUGGUCAUGGUGGCUGAGAAAUGCUAUGGAGUGAGCUACUCCAACAAGACGAGCAGUAUCGAUGUCGUGAAUCGCGAGGACGCUUUGAACUUUGUCGAAGGACAGAGGCUUUGA